GCGUCCAGAAAAUCCAUCUGUAAAAUUGCUCCCGCCUCUUUGGUUCUGGAACUUCUUGUCUUGAGAUUUUUCCUCUAAGAGGAAAGUAGAAACUGCAGACUACGUCCUCAAGAGAGAAAAAUGAAACAAACAGAGUUCUAACGCGCAAACUGACUUUUAUGCAUUGACUCAUUCCACCCAAAAUGGAACAUAUAAUUUGCACAACACUGACAAAUCAAACCCACUUAAUCGAACUCGCAGGAACACAUUUUCGCAGAUCAUUUCAAAAUUUUAAUAAAACAAUAUGAUCCUAGUAAAUCUUCGGGAAACGUCUCUGCUCAUUUUAUGUAGUAUAUUGAUAUGCAAUUUUUCCGUUGUCAGGUCCGACAAAUAUAACCAUGCCUGUGGCCGUGACAAUAGUGUCAAUUACACCAGUAACAGCCUUUACAAGAGAAACCUUGACACUGCUCAAGCCAACCUCAUCUCUGCCGCGGACACCAACAGCUCUGGUUUUUAUACUACCUCUGUGGGCAAUGGCUUGGACCAAGUUAAUGCUCUUGUUUAUUGUAGAGAUGAUGUGCAACCUGAUAUCUGCAGAAGCUGUGUCAAGGACUCGAUGAACGAGUUAAGAGAAUUAUGUCCGUCCACUAAGGAGGCGGAUAUAUGGUACGAUGAGUGUGUGCUAAGAUACUCCAAUGCUUCAAUUUUUAACAAUGUUGAGACUUGGCCAACUGUAUUGAUCUCGGUUCAGAGAAAUGCAAGUGAUAUGGAUCAGUUUAAUAAGAACCUUAGAGAAUUGUUGGAUAAGUUGAAGGGAGAAGCUACUCAACAAAAGUUUGCUACAGGGAGUGCAAGUGGUCCAGAUUUUACGACUAUCUAUGGGCUAAUGCAGUGCAGUCCUGAUCUAUCUUCAACUCAGUGCACUCGAUGUCUUGAUGGGCUUAUGGGAAAUAUUCAGUUAUGCUGUAGUGGAAAAAUAGGAGGGCGUAUAAUUAACCCGAGCUGUCUGCUUAGAUUUACAACUAAUGAUCUUUUUUAUAACGAGACAGUUGCUGAUGCACCUCCUCCACAGCCACAACCGCCUCCAACAUCACAAUCAGCGCCUGUUCCAGCUGCUGAUAAAGAUGAUAAUAACACACGGACAAUAAUUAUUGUCGUUGUGGUCAUAGUUGGCAUUGUUGUUAUGCUGCUUGUUCUGGUUUGCAUCUUUAAAAGAAAGCAAAAGAAGAGACCUGCUACUGAGACACUGCUGAAUGACAAUGUGGAAGAUAUAGGUAGUGCUGAAUCCUUGCAAUACGACUUUGGUACAAUUGAAGUUGCUACAAAUUACUUCUCAGAGAGCAAUAAACUAGGACAAGGUGGUUUUGGAGCUGUCUAUAAGGGCACACUUCAAAAUGGUGAAGAAAUAGCUGUGAAAAGGCUUUCUAGAGGUUCAAAUCAAGGUCAACAAGAAUUCAUUAACGAGGUCUUAUUAGUGGCAAAAUUACAGCACAGGAAUUUAGUUAGACUCCUUGGCUUCUGCUUUGAAGGAACUGAAGAGCUUCUCAUCUACGAGUUUGUGCCAAAUGCAAGUCUCGACCACUUCAUAUUUGAUUCAGUGAAGCGUUCAUGUUUGGAUUGGGAAAUACGCUACAAGAUCAUAGGUGGAAUUGCCAGGGGAAUUCUUUACCUUCAUGAAGAUUCUAGACUACGGAUCAUUCAUCGUGAUUUGAAAGCUAGCAAUGUUUUGCUAGAUGCAGAGAUGAAUCCUAAAAUUGCAGACUUUGGCAUGGCAAGGCUAUUUAACUUGGAUGAAACUCAAGGAAUUACUAAUAGAAUUGUGGGAACCUAUGGCUAUAUGGCACCCGAAUAUGCAAUGUACGGCCAGUUUUCAGUUAAGUCUGAUGUGUUCAGCUUUGGUGUAUUGGUUCUGGAAAUACUAAGUGGUCAGAAGAACCAUAGUUUUCAAAAUGGGGAGAAUGUGGAGGACCUAGCGAGCUUUGCUUGGAAGAAUUGGAGAGAAGGGACUCCAGCAAAUGUCAUAGAUCCAAUAUUGAGAAACAGUUCAGGAUCAAUCCACGAAAUGAUAAGAUGUAUUCACAUAGCACUACUAUGCGUACAAGAAAAUGUGGCGGACAGACCUACAAUGGCAUCAGUGGUGCUUAUGCUGAAUAGCUUCUCUCACACUCUUGCUGUACCUUCAGAGCCUGCUUUCUUUAUGCCGAGUAGAAUUGGUCAAGAAGUGUCUUCGGCUACAGAUAAUACAAAUUCCAGGGGGAGCAACAGAUCAGUCAACAGUAAAGUAAAUUCUGUUAAGUACUCUAUCAAUGAGGCUUCAAUAACUGAUCCAUAUCCCAGAUAAUGAGAGUUGCGACUGCUCAGUUUUUGUAUUAUUCGGAUUUGAAGUCUGUUAAAAUAAAUUAUUUACCUCUAAUCUUUCAUCUCCAAUUUGGCUACAUGAAUACCUGUUACUAAUU